AUGGAGGUGGAAGAUGGUGAGGGUGAUUAUGAAACACUUGUGAGGAUGCAGAACCGCAAGAAACGGAAAGCUGGUGGAUGGCAAAGCUUCGGUUUGGACCAUGUAGUUUUUAAGGGAGUAGAAAAGAAGGGUUAUCGUCAACCAACCCCGAUACAAAGGAAAGCAAUUCCUCUGUUAAUUGAUGGAAGAGAUGUGGUUGCCAUGUCCCGAACAGGCAGUGGAAAAACAGCUGCUUUUGUUAUUCCAAUGCUCCAGAAAUUGAAAAGAAGAGAGGUCUUGGGAACACGGGCAUUAAUAAUCGCUCCUACGAGAGAGUUGGCUAUGCAGACUUUUAAAUUUGUCAAAGAUCUAGGUCGGUUUACCGGGCUGCAGGCCGCAGUGCUUGUAGGUGGUGAUAAAAUUGAAAAUCAGUUUGCAAUUAUCCAUGAAAAACCAGAUGUGUUAAUUGCUACACCUGGAAGGCUAUUGCAUAUUGUCGUAGAGAUGAAUUUGAGUCUCUCAACAAUUCAGUAUUUCGUUCUUGAUGAAGCGGAUCGCUUAUUUGAAAUGGGGUUUGCUGAUCAGCUUAAAGAAGUAUUCAAAAGGCUACCCGGUAAUCGUCAAACGCUGCUUUUUUCUGCCACUUUACCGAAACUGCUGGUGGAUUUUGCAAAAGCUGGUCUAUCUGAUCCCGUCCUAGUUCGCUUGGACGUGGAUGAGAAAAUUAGUGAUAAACUGUCAAUGGUAUUCCUCUCUUGUCGUUCAUGUGAUAAAGUUUCUGCUCUUUUAUAUUUACUUCGCUCUGUAAUUCCUUCAAACGAACAAACUAUAAUUUUUUGUGCCACAAUGAAACAUGUUGAAUACAUAGGAUCAGUUUUAAGUAAAGCAGGCUUUAAUUGCGGUCUAUUGUACAGUCAGCUUGAUGCAGUUGCCAGGAAAAUGAACAUAGAAAAGUUUCGGAAAAAUAAGUGCUCAUUAUUAAUUGUAACUGAUGUAGCUGCUCGUGGUGUUGAUAUUCCACUGCUUGAUAAUGCUAUUAAUUUCCAUUUUCCACCGAAACCAAAACUAUUUGUUCAUCGUGUUGGACGUGUCGCUCGAGCAGGGCGGUCCGGAAAGUCCUACAACCUUAUAGCGCCCGAUGAAAUACCCUACUUGGCCGAUCUUUUCCUCUAUCUUGGAAGGCCUUUGGAAUUUGCCAAGUCAGAUUCUGUUUACGAAGACGAUAAGCCACUACUUGGCGUUUUUCCUGAAGACUUAGUCGAUUUGGAAAUGGAGUUUUUGAAAAGCAUUCAUAACGAAUCUGAUGAUCUGAAUGAACUGCUGAAAAAGUCGGAGAAUGCGAUUAGUAAAUAUAAUAGAACCAGGACACAACCUUCAGCAGAAUCAGUUCGCCGUACGAAAGCAGAAUUGAGGCAGGCAGCGGCAGAUGCUGGGAUUCAUCCAAUCUUAAAAAACAAAGGAACAGAUAUUGAAAAAGCCAGAGAUGAAAUGCUCACACAGCUUCGGAAUUUCAGGCCUAAUACAACCAUUUUUGAAUUUCAAAGUGGUAGCAAAACGGUUCCUGCAGCAGUAAUGAAAAAUAAACGAAAGGCACAUCAGAGAUACGUACGGGGCAGAACAGCAGUCGACAACAAUAAUAUCACUGCAGCUACUACAAGUACUUUGAAUGCAGACGACAUUGAUUUGGAAAACGCGUUUAGGGAAACAGUUAGGAGCACAAAAUUUGUGUCACAUGAGGGGAAAAAAGUUUGGAAACGUAAAGCAGAAGAACUGGAAGAAGAACGUAAACAUUACAUAGCUUAUGCUCCGUCGGAUGCUGCAACUGAACGUGCAUUGGCUGUAGAUCGUGGUUUUGACGCUGCUGUUAAGGCUCAUGCGGUGGAAAUCUUCGCCGAUGAUGACGAAGGUUUAUACAAGCAGGCAAAAAGGAAAAGAUGGGAUCGAAAAUUAAAAAAAUUUGUUGGUUAUGCUGGGGAUGAGCCUUCGAAAAAGAAAAUUCGCACAGAAGAAGGAACGUUACUACCCGUGAGCUUCAGAAGCGGUCGAUACGAGACCUGGCAAAAGAAACACAAACUUUCCUUCCAGGACCAGAACGAUAGUGAAAGUGAUGAGGGAGAGAGAAAAGAAAAUUAUUUGGCUAUGUCUUUGGAUAAAAAUCGUCGCAGCAACGGCUCUAGAAGACGAGAAGUGGGAGGUGUCAAUCGGCAUAAUGGCUCUAAAUCCGAACUAAAAACGAAAGAACAAAUUCUUAAGGAGAGGAGAAGAAAAUUGAAAGUGCAAGCAUAUCAGAAACAUCGUAGGCAGGAGAAUCUAAGAAAGAAACGUGGUAAAGAAACAAGUCGGGCUAGUCGUAAAGCGUCAGGAAAAAUUUGA